GUUCUUCGUGCUUGUGACAAUUCUCUCUACAGCGAGUUUUUCAUGUUUCUUGAUUUUCGUGGGCCUCUUCCCCAUUUGGAUCAUCGUGGAGGCGGUGUUCAGAUACUUUCGGUACCAACAGUACCGCCAGUAUAGCGACAACUUUAUCGAUCCGCCGCUUCCUUCUAUCGAGAACAUCUCGCGGCUCCUCGAUCAUGUCCUCUCUUUGGCGAAGUACGUGGAUUACGAGGAGUUCGUCGGAGGUUGGUUCCUCGGAACGCGAGUUAAAGACCUAACUCGCGAACACGUGCGACAAUUCAUCUCCUUCGGUUUCUACCACAGAUUUUAUAACGAGCUCACUCCGGAAUAUCAGGAAGCCGUUCGAGACCACGUGGUUCGGACAGAGCGCGCCAUUGGCCUCAUCUUCCCCGAGGUCCUCCCCGCCCCCUCUUCCCCCUCCGCUUCCGCCGCCGCCUCCUCCCCGCCCCUCUCCGCGCGCCCCUCCUCCGCCUAUCAACCCCUCCGGGUGCACCCGACCGAGCCAGCUGCAGCCUCGGCAGUAGGUCCGGCAGCAGGUUCGGCGGACACGGCUCCAAAAACCGUCGGAACUUUCCAGGAAGAUGACGAUGCUGGUUCGGAGAGCGGAGAGGCCGUAUAUCCAUGCACACAGGAAGAGGAGAAAGCAGGAACAGCAGUGGAGGAAAACAGUGCCACUAGUGCGGGCGGCGGUGCUGCUGAUUCCACUGCUGGUGUUGAUUCGGUUGCUGAUGAUGCUGAUGCGGAUGCGGCAGACGCGGCGGCGGCUGUGGUGGGCUGUGCGGGAAUGGGCGGGUGGGGGCAGAGGAGGCAGAAGCCCGAGGUCCGAUUCAUGUCGCACUGCAGGGAACCCAUCCGCGCCAUUCUGCACCCCUUCAUCCUCUACGUCUGGGGUCACAUCAUAGGGUGCCUCACAAGCCUCUCAAUGCGCUAUCUGGGCUUCACAAAGCACUUCACAGCGGACGGGUUCAAGUACUGGGUUAGGGAGCCCAGCCGCCGCUCCUUCUCCUCCACCGCUUUCACCAUGAUCAACCGACUCUCCGCUGCUUCUGCUGAUGCGGAAACCAACGCCAAUCGGAGCAGCUGUGAUGAGAUUGGUAGCAGGGACAGCAAUAACAGCAGGGAGAGCACGUAUAGUGACAGCAGCAGCAGGGGCAUGAGCUUUGGGUGCAGCGGCAGCAGCUUUCGCAGCAGCAGCAGCAGUGACAGCAGCAGCAGCAGCAGCGGGAGCAGGGAGAGUGGUGGAGUGUACCCUGCAUAUUCGAGUGUAGCUGGUGGGAGUGUGGAUUAUAGUGAGGAUGAGGAGGAGGGGGUGGUGUUUGUGCAUGGGCUUGGGAUUGGCCUCACGCCGUACCUCGGGUUUAUCGGCAUGAUGAAGAGGACGUACCCUAACAAGAAAUUCAUAGUGGCGGAAAUGCCUCAUCUCGCCUUCCGCCUCUCCUCGGCCUCACCAAACAUUGACGACAUUGUGGCGGGACUAGCAGACGCUCUCCAAACGCAGGGACUCAAGAGGGCCACGUUCGUCGGCCACUCCUAUGGCACCUUCGUGCUCGCACAGUAUGUGCGCAAGCACUUCAGCACGGUGGCAGCACUAGGCCUCAUGGACCCUGUCUGCUUCCUCCUCUGCAUCCCCAAGACGCUCCUCAACAUGAUUUACAAGACCCCAGAGAACAUAAUGGACGGCUUGAGGUGGUUCUUCUGCGCGAGGGAGUUGCAGGUGGCCCGAUCGCUCUCCCGGAACUUUGACUGGCAUGCAUGCAUGUUGUGGCCUGAGGAGAUGCCACGUCAGCAAUCAGUGGUGCUAAUGGGCGGCCGGGAUCAAAUCGUGCCAUCCAACCACAUCAAAACGAUGCUCACUGAGAAGGGUGUUGAGUUCAUGUAUAAUGAGACGUACCAACAUGCACAAGUGCUCUUCAGGUAA